CUGCAAUGGGGAUUUGCAACUGAAUGUUUCUUCAUUUUAAUUAGGCAAACACAUUUGAAAUAAAAACUUUAUGUAAGAAUACACGAGAACUGAGAAAAUCAAAACCUUCCAUUCUUCAUGCAGGUUUUUCAGGCCAAUACUGUGACAUAGACGUGAAUGAAUGUGAUUCGGGGCCCUGCUUGAAUGGUGCUGUCUGUCAGAAUAAUGUCAGUGGAUAUGAUUGCUUUUGCCCUGAAGGAUUUGAAGGUCUGAACUGUGAAAUCAACUUUGAUGAGUGCACUUACAGCUUCUGUAGAAGCAAUUCAACUUGUUUAGACCUGGUUGCAGACUACACAUGUGUUUGUCCUCCAGGCUUCACUGACAAAAACUGUUCAAUGGACAUUGAUGAAUGUGCCUUCAAGCCCUGCAAAAAUGGAGCCCAUUGCCAUGAUUUGAUUGGUGAAUUUUACUGUAGCUGCUUGCCUGGGUUUACUGGUCAGUUUUGUGAAGUAAACAUUGAUGAUUGCCUGUCACAACCUUGUGGAGAGCUCAGCAUUUGCAAAGAUAAAUUGGAUGGCUAUCUUUGUUUCUGUGCACCUGGUUUUAUAGGUAAUAACUGUGAGAUUGAGGUGGAUGAGUGUCUAAGUGACCCCUGUCACAAUGGUGCCACUUGUGUUGAUCAUCUCAAUGCCUUCAGCUGCCUUUGUUGUGAUGGAUUUCAAGGCACAACCUGUGAAAUCAACAUAAACGAAUGUCACUCAUCACCCUGUCUCCACAAUGCAACCUGUGAAGACCUUAUCAGUGGAUAUGAAUGUAUCUGUCUACCUGGCUUUGCUGGUGCAAGAUGUGAAACAGAUCUAGAUGAGUGUGCCUCAUUUCCCUGCAAGAAUGGAGCCACCUGCAUUGACCAACCUGGUAAUUACUUCUGCCAAUGUGUGGCUCCAUUUAAAGGUUCUAACUGUGAGUUUAGGCCUUGUGAGGUUAGCAAUCCCUGUGAGAACGGAGCUGUGUGCAUACAAGAGAUGGAUUUGGACAUUUUUCCCCUUGGAUUCCAGUGCCAGUGUAUGAAGGGCUUUGCAGGUCCACGCUGUGAGAUCAAUGUCAAUGAGUGCAGCUCCAUCCCUUGCCUCCACGGAUAUUGCUAUGACAUUGUUGACGGCUUCUAUUGUUUGUGCAACCCUGGAUAUGCAGGACUGAAAUGUGACCAGGACGUUGAUGACUGUAUUAUCAAUGCUUGUGACCACAAUUCUACAUGCAUGGACCUGCAUCUGAGCUACCAGUGUAUCUGCCUGCCUGGAUGGGAAGGAACAUUUUGUGAAUAUGAAUCCAAUGAAUGUAACUCAGAGCCAUGCAAAAACAAUGGCACCUGUACAGAUCUGUUCAAUAGCUACAGAGGACAGACAUCUAUUCUCUGGACUUCUCUGCAACUUUUAAUGCUGCUGACUGUGAGAUACUGCAGUUCCACUUGAGAUUGGUGAUAGAUGUCUGCAGGGAGGACUACAGGGAAAAGUCCACAGGUGAGCAGUCUGGUGGCGGAGGAGAAGUUUGCCAUUACUCUUUGGACAUGUCCCUCCACCAACAAACCUCUCACCUGAAUAGUUCCACAAAUAUCAGUUCUAUUUCUGGUCCUAUUCCACAUCUACAUGAAACCUCUGAGAGAACUGAUGGUCAUGUUCCAGUAGUAUGCAGAUGACAUCCAGCUGUACUUAUCCUUUGCCAUGUACGACUACACUAUUAUCUUCAAGAUGUCUUGGUCCUUGGAUAAGAUCAGCUCACAGAUGAAGAAUACCUGAUUGAAGCUCAACCUAAGCAAGAGGAAGAUGAUGCUGGUGGGAAAAGAAAAAUGAAUUAAGGAGUUUGGAGCCACAAUGUCAUCUGUUGGUUUGAUUUAAGCUACAUAUCCACGGUAUGUCAAUUUAGUCCAUAGUUUUGGAGUCCUCCUGAAAUCCAUGCUGACAUUAAGCUCUCACGUGACACAUCUGGAGUAAUGCUUUUGACCAUCUCCAGUUGCCUAUCAGUCUUUGUCUCAACCUCUCCUCAGCGAUAGAUGCCUUUCUCACAUUCUGACUGGGCUAUAAUACCCUGAGGGAAUGCAAUAUUUGGGCUUGAAGCCCUCAGCCCUUAGGAAUCUUAUUAGCACUAUGGGCUACAGUGAUCACAUCAAACCUGCCCUCCACUUUGUACACAGGCUUUCCACAGAAUCAAGUUCAAGGUCUCUGGUUUUUAUAUUGCAGGCAUCCAAUGGUCUGCACCCAGGAUAUUUAAAAGAUCAUAUAAAACCCUAGGAUGAAAUCUCUGAUGGACAGCUCUACUCCAUGGAUUGUCUGAAACUUUGAAUGAACUCCUACAAUAUUUAAAGACUCUCACAAGCCUUUUCAACUUCUUUUUCAAGUGCAAGGUACACUUUUUUUGUCCUUGCCUUCUUUAACAUAAACACAUAGUAGUAUGCACAUACUUAAAGAAAAAUAGUACCAAUAUGAAACAUUAUACUAAAGAACAAAUUUCCUCCAUGGGUAGAGAAUGAGAGAGAAAAUUAACCCAUGUGACAAGAUUUUUCUCUCAUUAAUUGAUGUACUAGCAGAAGACGUUCAGAUACAAAGGAGAUGAAGACAGAAUAUAAAACUAUAUAGAAUAGAAUUCCACAAGACUAUUAGCAUAAGGAAGGGUUGUCUUUAUACUGAUGUGGAAAAAAGGCUUUUUAUAAAAAAGUGAUAAAGAAAAAAAUGAACAUAUUUUUUGUGAGGCAUAUUGUACCAGUAUUGGACUUUUGAUUUUCCAGUUAAAGUCUAAAACUGGAAAAAAAAUAGAAGAGCAUAACUGUGCUUUUCAAAAAUAUACACAUGGGAGUUGCAUAUAUUACUGUACUUCAGAAA